AGUUGGUUGGCUCAACCCGUUUGCUGUCCAAUGAGGCAGCUGCACCAUGAGCCAACGCAUCCUGGUGACAGGAGGAAAUACCGGAAUCGGCUUUGCAUUGUGCAAGCAGCUAACUUAUGACCAUGGUUGCCACGUCUAUUUGGGUGCUCGAUCGGUGGAAAAGGGUACAGCAGCUGUGAAGGCCAUUAUGGAUGGCCUGCCGGGCUCUUGCAAGGGCAAAUGUGAACUGGUACAGUUGGACACUUCUUCUGAUGCUUCUGUAGCUUCUGCUGUAGCUGCAGUGAAGGGUAGUCUUGAUGCCGAGGGCUCCAAGGGCUCACAGUUGUACGCAAUUGUGAACAAUGCGGCCACUGGCGUCAGCCAUGGUGUUGGUCCAGAUGAGAUCUUGAACACCAAUGUUUGCGGACCCAAGAGAGUGGUCGAAGGCUUUCUGCCUCUUCUGGAGAAGUUUGGGCGCAUUGUGAAUGUGGGGUCCGGCGCUGGGCCCAUGUAUGUGGCUAAGUGUUCUCCUGAGGUGAGGAAGACCCUUUGCAGUUCGGAGGUGACUUGGGAACAGAUUUUAGAGCAUAUGAAGUCGGGCUUGGGCUCCGCAGCUGAUAGCAUGGGCGGCUAUGGGCUUUCCAAAGCGCUGCUCCAAUGCUACACCAUGCUGCUGGCCAGGCAGCAUCCAGAGCUUCUGGUGAGUUGCUGUGAUCCGGGCUUCAUCGACACAGCCAUGACCAAAGGCUUAGGAGCCUCCAAGUCUCCAGAGCAGGGCACCGUGUCUGUCAGACAUUGCCUCUUUCAGAAGUUGGAUGGAAAUGGAUGGCACUAUGGCCCGGAUGGGGUGCGAUCUCCGCUUCACUUCCUGCGGCAUCGAGGUGAGCCGGCCUACAAUGGCGAACCGGUCGACUGAGCAAGAGCUCAUCAGUUUUCCACCUGAAUCCUGAAUCUUCAAAAGCAUGGCACAUCAGAUUGCGAAAAGAAACAACCAAAAUCGAUCAAAAUCGUCACCUGUGGGCCAGAAAAACUGAACAACUGCAUUAGAGUGCCGUGGCCUGCC